AUGCCAGCGUGGCAGACAACGGAGCGCAAGAAGAGCCUCGAGAGCCUCCUCGGUGCCGCCGGGGACGCGCGCGGUUGGCAGCAGCAGCAGCAGCACCAUCACCACCACCACCGUGCCGGCGGCGGCGACGGCGGCGGUGGCCACCACGUCCCCGUACGGCCAGUGCCGGUGCCGGGGGAGAAGGUGAUCAACUUCCCCGGGCAGGGGCUGGAGUUCAAGGAGCUGUCCUACAGCGUCAUCAAGAAGCAGAAGAAGGACGGUGUGAAGGUCAAGAAGGAGGUGUACCUGCUCAACGACAUCUCCGGCCAGGCGCUCCGCGGCCAGGUCACCGCCAUCCUUGGGCCCAGCGGCGCCGGCAAGUCGACGUUCCUCGACGCGCUCGCCGGCAGGAUCGCCAAGGGAAGCCUCGAGGGGUCCGUCAGCAUCGACGGGCGAUCGGUGACGACGAGCUACAUGAAGCAGAUUUCAUCGUACGUGAUGCAAGAUGAUCAGCUGUUCCCGAUGCUCACGGUGUUGGAGACGCUGAGGUUUGCGGCCGAGGUUCGCCUGCCUCCGUCGCUCUCCAGGGCUGAGAAGCUCAAACGGGUCUGGGAGCUCAUUGAGCAGCUGGGUUUACAGACAACAGCUCACACAUACAUUGGGGACGAAGGGAUACGAGGCGUCUCUGGCGGGGAACGCCGUAGGGUGUCGAUUGGCACUGACAUAAUCCAUAAACCAUCUCUGCUGUUUCUUGAUGAACCCACCUCUGGCCUUGACUCCACCAGUGCAUACAGUGUGGUAGAGAAAGUGAAAGAAAUUGCAAAGGGGGGAAGCAUUGUGCUAAUGACAAUUCAUCAGCCGUCUUUCAGGAUUCAGAUGCUUCUCGACAGAAUAGUCAUCCUCGCAAGAGGAAGGCUAAUCUAUCUAGGAAGUCCUAUCACACUCCCCGCACACCUUGCUGGAUUUGGCAGACCUGUACCUGAUGGUGAGAACAGCAUCGAGUACCUCCUGGAUGUCAUCAAGGAGUACGAUGAAUCAACGCUUGGACUCGAUCCUCUAGUUGCCUACCAGAGGGAUGGCAGCAAACCUGAUGAGGCUGCCAAGACACCAAUACCCAAGACACCGAGAACACCACACCAGAAAUCAGUGCAGUUCCGGCAGAUGCAGCUCAAGAGCAACCAGUUCUCGGCCGCAACCGGAACACCUCAUGCUACUAAUACCUUCUCAAACUUCGAGUCCUACAACAUAGAUGACGAGGAGGAAGAAUUCGACAAUUCUCUUGAAAGAAAGUCACAUACACCGUUGCAUACCGGAACCUCAACCUACCAUCCAAGGCUCGCAUCACAGUUUUACAAGGAUUUCUCAGUCUGGGUUUACCAUGGUGUCACAGGGACGCCCCACCGUAAGCCUACAUGGAGUACUCCUGCUCGAACGCCAGCUAGGACCCCAAUGUCGAGCUACCAUCAGCGCAGCCGUUUCGCUACGCCGCAACAUGCACCUCCUCCUCAAUCCCCCCAUGAACCAGUUUUCAAGCCAGAGGAGCCAAGCUAUCAUGAGUACCAGCUUGAGCUGGAACCACUGGAUGCUCCUGAGGAUGGCCCCAAGUUUGCUAAUCCAUGGCUCAGGGAGGUCGCUGUGCUCUCAUGGCGUACUGCUCUGAACGUGGUGCGCACGCCGGAGCUAUUCCUCUCCAGGGAGAUUGUCCUCACAGUCAUGGCACUGAUUCUUUCUACGUUGUUCCAUCGCCUCAGCGAUUCCAACUUCAUAACCAUCAAUCGCCUCCUCAAUUUCUACAUCUUUGCAGUCUGCCUUGUCUUCUUCUCCUCCAAUGAUGCUGUUCCCACAUUCAUCCAGGAGCGCUUUAUCUUCAUCCGUGAGAGAUCCCACAAUGCUUACCGUGCAUCAUCCUACGUGAUAUCCUCUCUAAUCGUCUAUCUCCCCUUCUUUGCCAUUCAGGGGUUCACCUUUGCAGUCAUCACAAAGUACAUGCUCCAUUUACAUAGCAACCUGGUUAACUUCUGGAUCAUCCUGUUUGCGUCACUUAUAACAACCAAUGCAUAUGUGAUGCUGGUCAGUGCACUUGUUCCAAGCUACAUCACCGGAUAUGCUGUCGUGAUUGCGACAACAGCACUCUUCUUCAUCACUUGUGGAUUCUUCCUGAAGCGGACGAAGAUCCCUAUGGCAUGGAGGUGGCUCCACUAUAUCUCUGCGAUAAAAUACCCAUUUGAGGCAUUGCUUGUGAAUGAGUUCAAAGGAGACCAUUGCUAUGUUGGCACACAGAAUCAACUUUCACCUGGACCUCUGGGGCAAGUCAGUAACCUGAAUGCCACCUCAACGACAUGCCCACUGGUAGGCCAAGAUGUGCUUGACACCAUGGACAUAUCAAUUGAUAACAUCUGGAUAGAUGUUGCAAUUCUCCUUGCCUGGGGCGUGCUCUACCGACUCAUCUUCUAUGUGGUCCUAAGAUUCUACUCCAAGAACGAGAGGAAGUAAGGAACCAAGUUUUCAGCAAAGAUGUAUGCGGCCUAUCCAUAUACGGUAGAUCUGUUUGCAACAAGCAGAUAUUGUACUCAUGCAUAGAGGGUUAAUUUGUAUUAUGGAAAGCUUGUAUUAAGAAAUUCUAGUAUUUGAUUGAAUGACCAA